GUUAGUCGUUAGACAGAGGACACAAUGGCCGAGAAGCAGAGAGAGGGUGCUAUCAAAGAAGAGCUUGUUGAUAUUGCUGUCGACGAGGACGUGAGCAUGGCUGAGGACCUAUCUCCUCAGGACCUAGCUCCUCCUGGCAACGACGUGGAGACCACAGCAGCUCCAGCUCCAACACACAUCCACGACGAUGCCAAAGAUAACGAGAACGAGGACAGCAGUGACAACGAUGGCAUUGUUAUGAGCUUGUCGAAGGAACAGCAGAAGGCUGAGGAAGAAGCCAAUGCUUAUUUGGCCAAACAGACCUUCCCAGUGAUAAUUCCAUCUUUUUCUGCCUGGUUCAAAUUCAACAAAAUUCACCCAAUUGAAAAAAAAUCAUUUCCUGAGUAUUUCUAUUAUGAGACAAAUAAUGAUGGCAGUAAUGGCAACAACAGAAUGAAUGGCAACCCAAUUAACAACAAACUAAGAAAAGAUCCUAAAAUCUAUAGAGAUUUUAGAAAUUUCAUUAUUAAUACUUAUAGAAUCAAUCCAAUUGAAUAUUUAUCAUUCACUGCUGUUAGACGAAAUUUAUCCUCCGAUGUUCAGUCAAUUUACAAAAUCUAUAAAUUCUUGAAUAAAUGGGGUUUAAUCAAUUAUCAAAUAGAUCCAAAGACAAAACCAUUUGUAUUGAAUCCCCAAUUCACUGGUCAUUUUCAAAUCACCUUAGACACUCCUGAUUCAAUUCAACCAUUCAUUCAAAAGAGUAAUAAUAACAAUCAUAUAAAUAAAAAUAAAAAUAAAAAUAAAAAACUUAAAAAAUUACAAAAUCAUAAUGAUAUUGAUAUUGAUAUCGAUAAUAAUAAGAUUGAUAACGAGAUUGAUAAUGAGAUCAAUAAAAAUAAUAUUACAAAAGAAAAGGAAAAUUCUAAUGACUCUAAUUUUCAUAUACCUUUGAAUUUGGAAAUCAGAAAAAAUGUUUAUGAUUCAAUAUCAAACUCCAUAGUCUUGGAUGAUUCACCUCUAUUAAACAACAACACCAAUAAUAAUAAUAAUAAUAAUCAAAUCGUCAACUCAAACAUAAAUAACCUAAACCUAAACAAUCCUGCUGAUAUUAAUAACACAGAAUUCUUGAAAAAAGUUUAUAUAUGCAAUAUUUGUGGCAAUAAUACAACUGAGAUUAGAUACCAUUCAUUGAGAUCUCCCAAUUCUUUGAUUUUAUGUAGCACAUGCUUUAACCAAGGAUUUUUCCCUCAAAAUUUCUUUUCUUCCGAUUUUAUCAAAAUUAACUCAAAUAAUCUAAAAUUAUCAAACUAUGACCCAUGGGAUGAAAACGAAAUCAUUCUAUUACUAGAAGGUAUUAAAAUUUAUGAUGAUGAUUGGGAUAAAAUUGCAAAACAUGUAUCAAGCAGAAAUAAACAGCAAUGUUUAGAAUUUUUCAUUAAAUUACCAAUCGAAGAUAACUACCUAUCAAAAUAUCUAAACAAGCAGAAUAACCUAAAAAAUCAAAAUGAUAAUAAUAAUAAACACCCUAUUAAUAACAAAAUUACUAACAAUGAUAUUGACAAUGAUAUUGACAAUGAUAUUAACAAUGAUGACAAUAACGACAACGAUAACAGAACUUAUGCUAUAAAUUCUCUAAAAUUUCUUGUUAAUAAAAUAGAUUCAAAUUUGGCAAAAAAAAUUACAGAUCAAGAUACAAAUGUUAAAAAUAAUGAAGAUGACGGAAUUUCAGAAAAAUUAAUGAAAAUGCUAAAUAUAAACUCCAAAAAUGAAAAAAUUAAUGAAAUCAAAGAAUCUUACAAUACUUUAAAUCUGUUGGUUGAUUUGCAAUUGAAAAAAAUUGAUCUAAAAUUGAAAAAUCUAUCUAAUUUCGAGAAAAUUUUAAAUAUCGAAAAAUUAAAUAUACAAAAUGAAAAGAAAAAAAUCUUUUUAGAUAAGUUAGCUCUUAGAAAUCAAAUUUUAAACGUUAAGGAUAAAAUGAUCAACUCAACUAAAUUGUUAUCUUUAUCGAUAAAUGAUUCAAUCAAAAAUCAAAAUCUUACCAAUCAAAAUUCUAAUUCUAAUUCUAAUUCUAAUUCUAUUUCAAAAUCAAAUGAAGCCUUGAAAUUAAUUGAAGAAGCCAUAGAAGACUCAAAAAAACCAAUUAGAGCUUUUAUAAUUCACAAUGACAAACUUCAUAACAACACUGAAGAUUCAAUGAUGCUCAAGUUCCAACAAACUAUCAACUCAAACUAUACCUGUUUCAGUGCAAGCUCAAAAAUUGUAUAA